ACCGAUCAAAUCUACUGUCUCCUAACCACCUAACGCAUUCCAUUCUAACUUCGAUGUCUUUUGGAAAGGUUAUCACUCUCAACACCGGCCGCAAAAUUCCUCAGGUCGGUUUCGGAACGUGGCUCUCGAAACCAAAUGAAGUCGGGAACGCCGUCGAAAUCGCAGUUCGCUCUGGCUACCGUCAUCUGGACCUCGCCAGAGUUUACGGGAACCAGGAUGAAAUCGGUCGGGCUCUGAAGAAAGUGAUUCCCUCCGUCGUUAGCCGCGAGGAUCUCUUUAUCACUUCCAAACUUUGGAACUCGGCACACCAGCCCAACCAAGUCGAGGCUGCUCUCGAUGAAACACUUCAACAGCUUGGCGUCGACUACCUCGACCUUUACUUGGUUCACUGGCCGGUCGCUUUCGAACCCGGCCGUGGUCUCUUCCCUACCGAAGGGGAUAUGGCACGUCUGGAUAUGGAGACUUCUCUCGUUGACACCUGGAAUGCCAUGAUCAAACUCGUGGACACUGGCAAGGUCAAGAAUAUUGGCGUCUCGAACUUCACAAUCCCGCAAUUGCAAGGUAUCAUUGACACUACUGGUGUUGUUCCUGCGGUGAACCAGAUCGAGGCCCACCCACACCUACUUCAAGACGAUCUCGUAGCGUAUUGCAAAGAAAAGAAUAUUCACCUGACCGCCUACAGCCCGCUAGGAAACAAUCUGAUUGGCCUCCCACUGCUGACGGAGCACCCAAUCGUGAAAGAGGUAGCCGAAAAGCUGGAUGCCACUCCCGCUCAGGUUCUAAUUGCCUGGUGUGUUUACCGGGGGUAUUCUGUCAUCCCAAAGAGUGUUCACGAGGAGCGCAUCGUCUCGAAUUUCCACCAAGUUAAGUUAGACAAGGAAGAUUACGAAAAGAUCACUUCGAUUGGGGUGAAAGACCAUAAGAGGUUUAACAUCCCCAUUACAUACAGUCCGAAGUGGGACAUUAAUGUUUUCGAUGAACCGAUAGAGAAGACGGCGACCCACGAAGUCAAAAUCGUGUAGAGGACCAAGGGUUAGUCGAAUAGAGCAAGUACUUCAAAGUCUGGAGGUUGUUGUGGAAUGUGUGCAUAUGGGCUCCUCAGGGUCCUUGUACUUUAUUUAGGAACGCGAUGUGAGCCAAUACGAAAGCCUCGUUGAGUAUGUACGUACUUGAGUGACUAUGGUUAGUUCCGUACCCUUCCACUGUGGUAUGAGUUGAAAUGUUUCAGGAACACUGCAUCAGGGUGUAACAUUCACGAAACGAUUCAAAUUCAACCUUCGUCGAGUGGAAGCCUGUAACAUUCACGAAACGAUUCAAAUUCAACCUUCGUCGAGUGGAAGCCUGUAACAUUCACGAAACGAUUCA